AUGGCCAUGGACUUGAUGGUGUUGAUGCCAUCGUUUACGUAUAAACUAAAUACACGGGGAUAUAGUCCAUUGCACCUUGCCGUGGAGAACAAUCAAGUCGAGAUAGCACUAGAGCUAGUCAAGUUUGAUCCCAAUCUUGUUCGUCUUCGUGGCAGAGGAGGUGUGACACCACUACAUCUUGUAGUGGAGAAAGGUGGUGUCGAUCUCCUCACGGAGUUUAUCAUGGCUUGUCCCAAGAGCAUUUUGGAUGUAAACGUAAGCGGUGAGACGGCUCUACACAUGGCGGUCUUGAACGGCAGAUAUGAAGAGCUCAAAGUGCUUACGGGAUGGAUCGAAAGAAUACGCCAAAGGGAAGCUGCGUCUAUGGAGAAAGACAUCCUAAACAGAAAAGAUCGUGAGGGCAACACGGCGUUGCAUGUCGCGGCAUAUCAGAAUAAACAUCAGGCAGUAAAACCGUUGUUGAAAUNAUCCAUCUAA